GCUGUAUGAUAUGAUUCAUCGUGUUCUUUAAAAUCAAUUUAACUCUUGAUAUUUCACAUAACAUUCUUAAUUCCUACUAUAUGAUAUUGCCAGGACAUUAAUAUUUCUUUUUAUUUCUUCAAAGUAUUAUUGCUAAACAAAAAAGUAGAACAACGCAAAGGAUAACUUUAACAAUGAAAAACUGUAAAGAUUUGAUCAAAGAGGAGAGAUACAGAAACUGGGUAAAAGGUACUUUGGGAAUAGAGCAAACGAGCAAGGCAGUAUGUAAAUACGUCAACCGAAAAUUUUCAAUGUAUUUACAAGGUACAGCUACACUUAACAAUCCCGCCAUACAAUCCUACUUGACCGCGGACGAAUUUUCACAUUUUCGAGAUGAAAUAAAAUCAGAAUUUCGAUAUAAUCUGACAAAAUUUGUCGGGUUAAAAAAUGGAAAAUGGUACUGGAAAGGAAAUUGUAAAGAAUGUCAGGGCACAUUGGACAAACUAAUAUGCUUACACAAAAGUCAGAAAGACAUUCAUUGGAAAAAUAGUGACAACACCAAAACACUUUCGCCUGAAUGGGCCAUCGCAAAAAUCUUUAUGCCAAUGGGCAAUGAGAAAAACAAGGGGCAAGAUGAUACUGACCCUAGUGCAAUUUUUAAAUUGAUGAAGAUGUGUGAUUUAUUCAUGAACCCAAUUAGAGAAAGAAACAUUGACGGGGUUAUAGAUGCUAGAAACGCGCUUUUCCACUCAUCUGACAAUUUGGUAGAAAAUGACGUCCUGGAAAACUAUUUUACAUCUAUGGAGAACCUUAUCUCUGAUGCUUUAAAUGACACGGAUAUUGAUGUAGACUUAAAACGAAGUAUCAUUGAUUGUCAUGGAAAAAUUGUUAAGUUAAAAGAAAGCGAAAUGACAAUGACCCUGUUUGAAGACGCACAAAAAGCAAUGAGAAUUAAAAGGGCAGCUAUCUAUUAUGAAUUUGAACAAUGUCUUUGUGACAAUGAUCCAGAACAGCUGAAAGAAUUAUUAAAACUUGCAGAACAAUUAGGAUCGGACCUUGAGUUCAUAAAUAACCAUUUUGAUGACAUUAAAUCACAAAAUUUGCGAAUCGAAGAACUGGAGAAACAAGUAAAUGACAAAAGCUGUAAAAUUGAGCAAUUGACGUCGAUCAGGGAUAGCCAACAGGACGAAAUCACGAAAAUGGAAAUCGAUAUCAAAGCAAAAGGUGUAGAACUUGAAAAUUUAGAAAAACAGUUAAAGGAAAAGUCAAAAGAUUAUGGUGAUUUGCAAGCAAUCAUUGGCGACAACAAUACCAAAAUUCGAGAAUUAGAGGACAGGCUUAACAAACAAAUAAUUGAAAAAGAAGAAAAGCAAGAGGAAAUUACCGAAAACAAAGCCAAAAUACGAGAUUUAGAAGAAAAAUUAAAUAAAAUAAUUAUACAAAACGAUAGACUGCAAGAAGAAAUUUCCAAUAACAAAGCCGAAAUACGAGAUUUAGAAGAAAGGGUAAAUGAACGAAUAAAAGAAAAUUGGGAAUUGCAAGAAAAAAUUGCAAACAAAAAUGCAACAAUUUUGGAUUUACAAGUAAGGUAUAAUGACUUAACAAAAGAAAAUGGUGAACUUCAAGACGAAAUUUCAAAAAUCAAAGUCACAAAUACUGAACUAUUACAUCAAAAUAAUAACUUAGAAAGACAGCUUCGUAAACAAAAGUCAGAGGUCACAAACAUUUCCAAGAAAAGAGAUGACAUCCGACAACAACUUGAAUAUCUACAACACAAGAAUGAGCUUCAACGUCGCCAAAUUGAUUGUCUCGAAUGGGAAACUGUUGCUAUAUCGAGUGGACUUGCUGUAACAUCAAUGAUUUUUUUAAGUUUGUAAGCACAAAUCAGAAAUAUAUAUUUUAUAAAAGGACAAAAGUGAAACUUCGAACUCAGUGCUGUACAUAUUUAUUGCUAUCGAUAAUUAAAACAUAGUUACUUGUUGAAAGUUAAUACAUUUAGAUAUGAGUUUGUGUUUGAGUCUAGAGUUGGAAACUGAUGAUACUUCAUUAAAAUUUGCUGUUGGAACAGUAGUACAAUUAGGUUACUAAGCAUAAAGCAGAAAGAUUCAUUUUUACGAAAGCAGUUUAACAAAACUACAGUUGAUGUCUAUAACUAAAACCAUGAGUACUUGUUUAAAUACAGUUUUUAUUGUGUUUAGACUUGCACUUCUUUCCGAAGAGAUUGAUUAACAUGCACUAACACUAAUUGCAAGUCAUUAUCCGUAUUUUAAACAUGCAUUUAUUUUGUAAUAUUUAGAUAACAUUUGUCUUUAAAUAACUGGUUGUUAAAAAUCGUUUAUUGAAUGAAUAUGAUUUUUUUAUACUUGAAAGGAUAAUUCCUACUUGAUGCAAAGGAAGACUUUUAUCAAUUAAAAUGUGCAUGACAAUA